CUGAUAAGUAAAAUACGUAACUAAGGCUGCGAAUAGGUUUCCAGUUGGCGUACUUGACAACCUCUUCAAUGAAUCAAAAUGUCAGCCGCAACAGCUGACAACAGCAACAUGUACCAAGUGGACCCCGGUUCAAUCAGAGAUAAUCUGGGACUGCAGAGCAACAAGUCACAACUAGAUCAUGGUUCCAUGAGAACAGACCUUAUAUCACACAGCAACAAUACGUCGCAAUGUUCUAGGCCCGAUUUCCUGGACAUCUUCCACCGUCUCAUGCAGUUCCCAGUGGAUGAGAAGCAACCGAUGGAGUCCAAUGCAAGGUUAAACAAAUUGAUGGACGAGAUCAACCCCUUUUGUGUCGGACAAUCUGUUGCCGUGUUUCUCACGGAGGAAGGAAACCAGUUGCUCUGUAAACUGUGUAUGUUGAUUCCAUACAAGGAAGAAUGUCUGGUGAUGAAAUUUUGUCACACUAUUUUUAGUGUUCUAACCAACACAGAGGGUUCAUUGGAGGAUAAAUGUUUCCUAAAAGUAACCAAUUUCUUAAUCCAUGGAUUGGAACAAUCUCCCAAAGGAAUCAUUCCUGAUAUUCUUUCUACUUUGGCUGUUGUUCUUCAUGACAAUGGAAACAGAUUAAAGAAGUUCUAUGAGUUGCUGCUGGGCGAGACUGGUUUGUUUGUAGAGUUGUGUGAGUCGACAGAAGAUGGCGUAUUGAAAGGACUCCUCUGUUGCCUAGAGAACAUUACUCUCAAGUCAGGAAAUUCCCCAUACAUGGAGGAGAAAUAUGUAUCAGCAUGCAUCGAUAUUUUCUUGAAGAUCCUCUAUGACAUUCCAGGUUUAACUAUGGACAUCCUACCAAAGUGUAGAAUCCUGUGUCACACAUUAAGAGGUCUACACAAUAUCGUUUUAGCUACACGUUCAGUCCCUCUUGAAACCAUUGGACUUUUACUGUCAGCUGUCUGGAAUUAUGUGUUCUAUGGUUUGGCCAGUUACCCACUCACCACUCCGCAGACUCUUUACCCGAUUCCAAUGAGUCAAUACAAUCCAUCUGUGUCCAGUAACAACUCAGCCAAGGUGGACACAACUGGGAAACAACCUCAGAAGAAGAAGAAGAAAAAGAAACUGGUGCCCAGACGCCAGUCCAAUCCCAAAGACACAGAGGACGAUGUCCAGUAUGGCAAUAGCUUUUCAUUGUUUCCAUCUUCCUUACUAAGUCGUGACCUCAGUAACACCAUCGAAGACCCUCUUCUUUGUAACCUUCUGGGAAACCUUCACCUGAACAACGAGUUGAGUGGGCGUGGCUAUGUGAGUAGCUCUGAGUCCGAACUCUCUGACUCUGAUACUUCACAGGUCGGCGGGAAACACCGAUCUCAUUACAUCAAAGUUCGACAGGCUGCUCUCGGAACUUUAUAUAUCAUCUUUAAGUUUACAGAUCGCAAAGUAAUCUUUGGUUACUGGAUGUGUUUUGUUCCUGACGUUCCUAUUGCUGGGAAUAUUCAACAAGUCCGCUCUAUACUCACCAUUAUUUUACGAGACCCAUCGCCCAAGUGUCGACUUGGUGCUCUUGGUGCACUUUCUGCCCUUAUUGAGGGCACAAGACCCUUCUUGGCUGCAGCUGAGUACACUGAUCAAGUCCGAACUGCUUUCAUGCCAUUCUCCCUUGUUCUUGGGUCAACCCUGAAAGAAUUACAUCGUAGUUUGUUACUUGCUGUGGUUUCUGAGAAUUAUCCCCUCACGCUCACCCAGCUCGUGAAAUGUAUCUCAACCCUGGUGGCCAACAGCCCUUACCACAGAUUGAAACCUGGUCUUUUGACUCGUAUUGUCAAACAGUUGAAGUACCUGGUCAGGCAUCGAGACCCUAAUAUCCGCGUGGCCUGUUUGACUUGCUUUGGUGCCAUUGUUAGUCUACAACCAGCUUUGGCCGAAGUAUGUUACAUUGUACAGUCUUUAAAACCACCAUCAGGAGGAAAUAGUACCACAGUAUCUGCUGACUGCAAUACUAACGGCACCACAGAAGAUGCAGUUAUGGCUUACAGUAAGGAGUUCCAGUUCACAGGAGAUGGCAUGGAGGGAGAGGUGGUGCCAAACCAACAAGAUUAUAUGAAAUGUGGUAGUUUUUCUGCUAGCGAACCACUUACCCCCAUCAAAACUCCAUCUGGAUUGCAGACUCCUGUAAUAUUCCAAGACAAAAACAUCCAGAACCAGUUGCGAAAUACAUCUUGGUUGAUAACAUUAUGUGUACAGAACAUCUUACCUCAACAGGUAAACAAUAACGAUACAAAUGUGGCCCACACAACUGAACCCGUUCCAAUACGUUUGGAAUCUUUACAAAUAUUGGCACACCUCACUAAGAAUUACUUCCCAAUGAUCAGGAAAAAUGUUGGACUCUUGAGAAAUUUGAUUCAAGCCUGUAUGGAAGACAGUGAAGGGGUCCUCAAACUUCAUGCCAUCAAGUUACUUGAUGAACUGACACAGGUUUUGAGUCAAGACUUACAGAACAUCGACAACUCUAACGAACCGAAUUCUGAUAUGUUCACUGUGGAACAGGUGUUGGAGUUCUGGGAAUACCUGCUCAACGGACCGUUACUGUCAGCACUCCAGUGUGAAGAGAAUAGCCCAGUGUGUGCAGCAGCCUGCGACUGUCUCUCUAACAUCGGUUCAAUGAUUUUCCCCUUGCUUCCUCGCCAUCUUCGUAUCUUGUGUGUGACAUCAGUGUUAGGUUUAACAAUGGGUGGAGACAAACUGGUGAUGGCCUCAGCAGUAAGGACCAUUGGAGUCUACGUAUUACAACCCUGCCUGCGUGAUGAUCUUUCUUUUAUGUCUGAUGCUGCUCACACCAUUCUAACCUUGGCUGCUGACCAAAGCACCACUGUCCGUAUGAAGGCUACUUGGGCCCUUGCUAAUUUCUGUGAUGCAUUGGCUAUUAACAGAGAAAACCAGGAAACACAAUUCAUUGAAGACUUCUCUGAUUCUUUAUUAGUAAAACUCUUCGAAGUAGCCACAAAAGCCUCCCAAAACAACGACAAAAUCCGUUCCAAUGGAGUUCGAGCCUUAGGCAAUCUGCUCUGUUUUAUUUCAGAAAAAUCUCUCCGAAAUCCGAACAUUCAGUCCCAUAUUGAGACAGCCGUGAAAUGUUUAGUUGAAAAUGCUUCUGCAGGAAUAAUGAAGGUUCGUUGGAAUGCCUGUUAUGCACUGAGUAACUUACUUAAGAAUUCACUGCUGCCCCAUGGUGAAAAAACUGACUGGAGUGUCAGUGUGUAUUGCAGUUUAAGCAACACUGUUCAGAAUUGCAGCAACUUCAAAGUACGUAUCAAUGCUGCUCUGGCUCUUGGAACCCCGACCAGAAGGGAGCAAUAUGGACAGGCAUCAGUCUUUGCCAAUGUCUGGAAUGCUUUAAUCCUUGGUUUAAUUAGCACAAACAAAGUGACGGACUUCUCUGAAUUUCGGCACCGUGACACACUAAUUGGACAGAUUUGUACCACCAUUUUACAUCUGGCAGUGUUAUUUGUGCCGGCAGAUCUGGAAGAGUUGCACAUGUGUCUACCUGAACAAGCAACCACACUCGCCAGUCAUUUGAGCAGCUAUAAGCAGAAUUCACCCCAAAACAUCCCACAAAUAACAUCUGAAAUCAAGAAAGUGAUCAACCAUUUGGAAUACCUGGACCGAAGUGAGUUAAGCAUGGCUGCUCAGGAAGCACUGGACUCAUUCCAGGCUGUUUUACUUGUGGAGUUUUCAGAAAGCAACAAUGAAGACAAAUCUGAAAAAUCCUUCUUUAAACAAAUCUAUGACUAAUUGCGUGGUCGUAUUUUCGGUGGAAACUAUAAGUCUGGCUUCACUGUAUGUCUUUGGGAAUGGCAUCCUGAUAUUUGUAUAUUUAAAAUGCUGACCAACAUUGGUUGUUCAGAGACAUUCCUGGGAGAAUGUUAUUGAAGAAUGGAUGGAACUACAUAAUUAUCAUGAACAUUUCAAGAACUGUCUGUCAGUCAACUGGCAAUUUCCAUGUAAUAAUAAUAAUUAUUAUAAAUAACAAAAUCCUA